UCCCAAACCCACUGCACACUUCACAACGCGACGCGUCUCCUCGCUUCUUCUUCUUCUUCCCAAAUCGCAGCAGGCAGCAAGCAUCCAUCAGCGCGCGCACUCUCCCAGGGCAGAGCAAGGCGUCCGAUCGAGAGAGACAGAGGGGGAUAUCCAUCAGCCAGGCACUGGCGACGAGAUCCAUGGACGCGUCGCCGCCGUCGUCCCCGUCGAAGCUUGGGCACCGGCUGCGGACCACGGUGUGCUGCUGCUUCGGCGGCGGGAGCGGCGCCGGGGCCGAGAGGGCGCGGUGGCGGCGGCGGGGCGCGGCCGCGGGGGAGUUCCGGUACGACGCGCUGAGCUACGCGCUCAACUUCGACGAGGGCGGCGGCGACGACGACGACGCGUGCGCCGACCCCGCCGCGGCCUUCCGGUACCGGAACUUCAACGCGCGCCUGCCGCCCUCGCCGCCGCCCGCCGCCGCGCCCCCGCGCCCGCAGCGGGACGCGGCCAUCGCCAUCGCCAUCGCGUAGGACCAAAUCAAUCGCUCUAUGACCUUUUUUUUUUGUUUUCUCCCCUCUCGCGUAAGCGUAAUUGUAUGAUCUGCUGAGAGCUCUGUGCAGCAAAAAACUGAUGAAUUGUGGUAUAGCAAUUGCGGUAGUAAUAGUAUAAUCUAGGGAUGGUCCAAUGCGACGGGUUCCCACAGUGUAAUCGGGGCAGUACAGAUUGGCGGCGGCGGUGAUGAACCCUAGAAAUUGGGGGGUUUUGAUUCGCCGACAGCAACCGAAACAUGUUCCCUUCUGUUCCUCGGCGAGGAUCUCCUCUGUUUA